UGAACGGCCAGUAACCAGUUGCGGGCCGAGGUGGCUUUCUCUGGACCUUGAGUCUCUGCCUUUAUUGCCAGGUGGUCCUUCAGCGAGAGCAGGAGCGGCGGUGGGCGGCGACCAGAUGGCAUUGGCGAAGUUGAAGAGCUUCACCACGUUGGAGCUCAUGCUCAGCGCCCUCCUGCUCCUCGUGUUCAUCGUCAUCAUCCCUGUCUUCGUGCUUUCGGCCAGAGAGUGCUUGGGGCCCGAAGGUGCGGGGACGAGUACUCCUGACCCUGCGCAGUGCCCAGAGGUACAUGACCUGCAGCGGAUAAACUGCAUCCCUGACCAGUUGCCCACAAAGGCCACGUGCGAGCUGCGUGGCUGCUGCUGGAGGCCUCAGGGAGCCAUAAGCGUGCCCUGGUGCUACUACUCGAAGAGCCAUGGCUACGAGCUGGUGGGCAGCGUGGCAGACACAGACGCAGGAUUCAGAGCCCAGUUGCAAAGGUUGCCUUCGCCGUCCCUGUUUGGAAAAGAUGUCAACAAUGUCCUUCUCACAGCGGAAUAUCAGACGCCUAAUCGUUUCCACUUUAAGUUCACUGACCAGAACAACGCCCGGUACGAAGUGCCCCAUGAACAUGUCCAGGCCUUCAAGGGAAACGCUGCUUCUCCCCUGGCCUAUGAAGUCAAGGUCUCACAACAGCCGUUCAGCAUCAAAGUGAUCAGGAGAAGCAACAAUCGUGUUCUGUUGGACUCGAGCAUCGGGCCCCUCCUGUUUGCCGACCAGUUCCUGCAGUUCUCCACCCGGCUGCCGAGCGCCAACGUGUAUGGGCUGGGGGAACACGUGCACCGGCAGUACCGCCACGAUAUGAACUGGAAGACCUGGCCCAUCUUCGCCAGGGACACCAUUCCCAAUGGGGAUGGAACUAACCUGUAUGGUGCCCAGACAUUCUUCCUGUGCCUUGAAGAUGCUAACGGAUUUUCCUUCGGAGUGUUUCUGAUGAACAGCAAUGCCAUGGAGGUCACCCUCCAGCCCACACCAGCCAUCACCUACCGCACCGUCGGGGGCAUUCUGGACUUCUAUGUGUUCCUGGGAGACACCCCGGAGCAAGUGGUGCAGGAGUACCUGGAGCUCGUUGGCCGGCCAGCCCUGCCCGCCUACUGGACACUUGGAUUCCAUCUCAGUCGCUAUGACUACGGCACCCUGGACAACAUGAAGGAGGUCGUGCAGAGAAACCGAGCGGCACAGCUCCCCUAUGAUGUCCAGCACGCUGAUAUCGAUUACAUGGAUGGGAGGAAGGACUUCACUUACAACCCAGUGGAGUUCAGAGGCUUUCCGGAGUUUGCUCAGGAGUUGCACAGGAAUGGACAGAAACUGGUCAUCAUCGUGGAUCCAGCCAUCUCCAACAACUCUUCCUCCAGCAAACCCUACGGCCCCUAUGACAGGGGCUCAGCUAUGAAGAUAUGGGUCAAUGCCUCAGACGGAGUGACUCCACUCAUUGGGGAGGUCUGGCCUGGAAAAACUGUGUUUCCUGAUUACACCAACCCCGAGUGCACUGUCUGGUGGGCAAAGGAAUUUGAGCUUUUCCACAACCAAGUGGAGUUUGAUGGAAUCUGGAUUGAUAUGAAUGAGGUCUCCAACUUCGUCGAUGGUUCAGUUUCAGGAUGUUCGACAAGCAAUCUAAAUUACCCCCCAUUCACUCCCAGAAUCCUGGACGGGUACCUGUUCUGCAAGACCCUCUGCAUGGAUGCAGCGCAGCACUGGGGCAAGCAGUACGAUGUCCACAACCUGUACGGCUACUCCAUGGCCAUCGCCACAGCAGAGGCUGUCAAGGCUGUGUUCCCUAGUAAGAGAAGCUUCAUCCUAACCCGUUCCACCUUUGCGGGAUCUGGCAAGUUUGCAGCCCAUUGGCUGGGAGACAACACGGCCACCUGGAAUGACCUUCAGUGGUCCAUCCCUGGCAUGCUCGAGUUCAACCUUUUUGGGAUCCCAAUGGUGGGCGCUGACAUAUGUGGCUUUGCACUGGACGCCCCUGAGGAGCUCUGCCGGCGGUGGAUGCAGCUGGGGGCAUUCUACCCAUUUUCCAGGAAUCACAAUGGCCAAGGCUACAGGGCCCAGGAUCCUGCCUCCUUUGGAGCUGACUCCCUGCUGUUGAAUUCCUCCCGGCACUACCUCACCAUCCGCUACACUCUGCUGCCCUACCUCUACACCCUCUUCUACCGGGCUCACAGCCAGGGGGACACCGUGGCCAGGCCCCUUCUGCAUGAGUUCUACCAGGACAGAGACACUUGGGAUGUGCACAAACAGUUUCUGUGGGGGCCCGGCCUCCUCAUCACUCCGGUUCUGGACCAGGGAGCUGAGAAAGUGGUGGCCUAUAUGCCCAAUGCCGUCUGGUACGAUUAUGAGACUGGAGGCCAAGUGCCAUGGAGGAACCAGAAAGUGGAAAUGGGACUUCCUGGAGACAAAAUUGGACUUCACCUUAGAGGAGGCUACAUCUUCCCCACCCAGCAGCCAGCCACGACCACUGUGGCCAGUCGAAAGAACCCUCUUGGUCUCAUCAUCGCCCUGGAUGACAACAAAGAAGCCAAGGGCGAACUGUUCUGGGAUGAUGGGGAAACGAAAGAUACGGUGGCCAAUAAGGCUUACCUCUUAUGCGAGUUUUCCGUCACCCAGAACCGCUUGGAAGUGAAGGUUUUGCAGUCAACCUACAAAGACCCCAAUAAUUUAGCAUUUGAAGAGAUUAAAAUCCUUGGGACCCAGGAACCUAACAACAUCAGGGUGAAGCACAAUGGUGUCCCAAGUCAGGUUUCUCCGAACGUCACUUACGAUUCUAACCUCCAGGUUGCCCUUAUCAGGGGACUGGAUCUUGCCCUGGGAGAAGCAUACACUGUGGAAUGGGACCUGAAGUUCCCGGAUGCAGAAAAAAUAGACUGUUACCCCGAUGAGAAUGGGGCUUCUCCAGGGAGCUGCACUGCCCGUGGCUGUGCCUGGGAGCCAUCCACUUCUCCUGGAGUCCCUUUUUGCUACUUCACCGAUGAGCUCUACUCUGUCGAUGACAUUCAGUAUGACACGCACGGGGCCACAGCUGUCCUCUCCUUAAAGUCUCCUCUUUAUGCCAGUGCUUUCCCCUCAACCCCCGUGGACUCCCUCCGGCUGAGCAUCACCUACCACAGUAACAACAUGCUGCAGUUUAAGAUUUAUGACCCCAACAACAAUCGCUAUGAAGUUCCGGUCCCUCUCAACGUACCCACAGUUCCAUCCAGCACCCCUGAGAGUCGACUCUAUGACGUCGUCAUUAGGAAGAACCCAUUUGGGAUUGGAAUUCGCCGGAAGAGUACACUCACCGAAAUCUGGAACUCUCGGCUCCUCGGCUUCACCUUCAACGACAUGUUCAUCCGCAUCUCCACCCGCCUUCCCUCCCAGUAUAUCUAUGGCUUUGGAGAAAACGAGCACACCGCCUAUCGGAGAAACUUGAACUGGCACACAUGGGGGAUGUUCUCCCGAGACCAGCCCCCGGGGUACAAGAAGAAUUCCUAUGGUGUCCACCCCUACUACAUGGGCCUGGAGAAGGAUGGCAGUGCCCACGGAGUGCUUCUGCUCAACAGCAACGCCAUGGAUGUGACAUUCCAGCCCCUGCCAGCCCUGACGUACCGCACCACGGGAGGGAUUCUGGACUUUUACGUGUUCUUGGGGCCAACUCCUGAGCUCGUCACCCAGCAGUACACGGAGUUGAUUGGUCGGCCGGUGAUGGUUCCAUACUGGGCCUUGGGGUUCCAGCUGUGCCGCUACGGGUACCGGAAUGACUCCGAGAUCGCCAGCUUGUACGAUGAGAUGGUGGCUGCCCGGAUCCCCUACGACGUGCAGUACUCGGACAUCGACUACAUGGAGCGGCAGCUGGACUUCACCCUCAGCCCCAGCUUCACUGGGUUCCCAGCUCUGAUCUCUCGCAUGAAGGCCGACGGGAUGCGGGUCAUCCUCAUUCUGGACCCAGCCAUUUCUGGAAACGAGACAAAGCCCUACCCCGCCUUCACACGGGGUGUGGAGGAUGACGUCUUCAUCAGGGCUCCCAACGGCGGAGACAUCGUCUGGGGAAAGGUCUGGCCCGAUUUCCCUGACGUCGUCAUAAACAGCUCUCUGGACUGGGACAGCCAAGUGGAGCAAUACCGAGCUUACGUGGCCUUCCCAGACUUUUUCCGGAAUUCAACCGCCGCCUGGUGGAAGAGGGAGAUGCAAGAACUAUACUCCAACCCACGGGAUCCCGACAAGAGUCUGAAGUUUGAUGGCAUGUGGAUUGACAUGAAUGAACCAUCCAGCUUUGUGAAUGGGGCAGUGCCUCCGGGCUGCAAGGACACCACCCUGAACCACCCUCCCUAUAUGCCAUAUUUGGAGUCCAGGGACCGGGGUCUGAGCAGCAAGACCCUGUGCAUGGAGAGCGAGCAGGUCCUGCCCGACGGCUCCCGGGUGCGGCACUACGAUGUGCACAGCCUGUACGGGUGGUCCCAGACCAGACCCACAUAUGAAGCUGUGCAGGAGGUGACAGGACAGCGAGGGGUCAUCAUCACCCGCUCCACGUUCCCCUCGUCCGGCCGCUGGGCAGGACACUGGCUGGGAGACAACACGGCCGCGUGGGACCAGCUGUAUAAAUCCAUCAUCGGCAUGAUGGAGUUCAGCCUCUUUGGCAUAUCCUAUACAGGAGCAGACAUCUGUGGGUUCUUUAAUGACGCCGAAUAUGAGAUGUGCGUUCGCUGGAUGCAGCUGGGAGCCUUCUACCCCUUUUCCCGGAACCACAACACCAUCGGGACGAGGAGGCAAGACCCUGUGUCCUGGGAUGAUGCAUUUGUGAACAUCUCCAAAAGCGUCCUGCAGACCAGAUACACCCUCUUGCCGUACCUCUACACCCUGAUGCACCAGGCCCACUCGGAGGGCAGCACGGUCGUGCGGCCUCUUCUCCAUGAGUUUGUGUCAGACCAGGUGACCUGGGAUAUAGACAGGCAGUUCCUGCUGGGCCCCGCCUUCCUGGUCAGCCCUGUCCUGGAGCCGAACGCCAGAAACGUCACUGCGUACUUCCCCAGCGCCCGCUGGUAUGACUACUACACGGGCGUGGACAUUGGAGCAAGGGGAGAGUGGAAGCCCUUGUCGGCCCCGCUUGACCACAUUAAUCUCCACGUCCGGGGCGGCUACAUCCUGCCCUGGCAAGAGCCUGCGCUGAACACCCACCUGAGCCGCCAGCAGUUCCUGGGCUUCAAGGUGGCCCUGGAUGAUAACGGGACCGCCGAAGGCUGGCUCUUCUGGGACGAUGGGCAGAGCAUUGAUACCUAUGAAAACGGAAUCUAUUACCUGGCCCGCUUUUCUGCCAGACAGAAUACGCUGGGGAGACUCGUGUAUUUCAACAAGUACCUCAGUGACACAAACCCUCUGAAGCUGGGCUACUUCGAGAUCUGGGGAGUGGGCAGUGCCGCCAUUACCAACGUCAGCCUCUCGGUGACAGGCAUGGAGAUAACACCCAGCUUCAGCUACAACUCUGCAACACAGGUGUUAAAUAUCGACGUGACCAGCAGAAAUAUCAGCCUCCAUCAGUUCAUUUCACUGACGUGGAAAAGCACUCCGUGAAUUUUAAGAGCAAGAUCCCGUGAAUGACUUUGAAACUCCUUAUACUUCAUGUUUGUACAACUACUGUGCGUUGCUAAUUGGUUGGUGCCCAGUCUGGGUACAGUCUUUUGCUCAUUUCACUGCAUGUUUUGUCUGUGCCUUAGCCCCGUGGGACAGGCAGUAGGGAGGUGUGGAACAUCAGUGGGCGACCUUAAUGUCUCCGUGUCAUCAGUGCAGUAUCUACUGUUCUUCACACACUUGCUGAAGAUUAACUGUGCCCUUAGUGGUGUGUGUGUAUGUGUGUGUGUGUGUGUGUCCAGGGACUAGGUCCUGCUCUCCUACUAACUACACAAGGAGAAGCUUGCCAGGCCAGUUCCAGGCCCUGGAGCUGGCACUCCCAGACAGUAUGCAGAAAGAAUGCCCGCUGGCUGCUUCUAGGGAGAGGGGAGCAUUGUUUUGAGAACAGGCUAUAAAGGGGGAAAAAAACCAAACACAAGGGAAAUUAAGCAGGGAAGAUGAGUGUGAACAGAUGGUGGUGAAAGUGAUCAUGAUGAAUAAGAUGAUGAGGAGAUAUUGGGAAGAGUAGCCCCAGCAGGAGGAGAAAGGAACAGCCAAAUCACUUGAAAGCAAGAAGGGUUAGGGGAAAGAAACUCUUAGCAUAUGGAAGUGGGGCUGAGGAUGACGUUUAAGCAGGCGUAUUCAUAUGAAGGAAGGAGUUUGAAUGCAAAAAAGAGCUUACGUUCGCAGUGGUGUGCUUCGAAACGUGUAAACCUCACUUCUCCACACUGUGCCCAAUGUCCAUAAGCCCAGUUUACACCUGUGCAUGCAAGUGCUAUGCCAGAGCGAAAUAAAACCAACGUAUUUACCAG